AAGAUCGAUUAGAAAAGAUUCGUUCAUCUCUCUGUCGUCCUCGGCUCCUGCUUUCGCCGUGAAUCGCGACGCGACGAAAGGUAAUCGCGAACGAUAAGCGCGGAAGUGUAACGCGCCGGUCAUUAUCGCCGCCCGGCCGGGAGUGGGAGGACAAACACCUCGUUGGAAAGGAGAGGAGGUUCGAGGCCCGUUUCGAAGGACAUCCGUUGUGCGCGUCGGAUGGCGGGCGGGGGACCCCCGCGAAGUGCAAUGUCAUAAAGUUGGAGAGAAGUGCGCCGUUUGGGAUUACCUGGAAGGAAGGAUAAGGAAUCGCGCGGAAUGCCGCAUCGAGUGUCCUGCGGUAGUAGUGGCUGGUAGGGCGAAAGGUGUGGAGGUAGAAUAGUGGAGAAAGAGGAAAUUAGAGAAGCGCUUGUUCGCCAGCGAGAGAGAGAGAGAGAGAGAGAGAGAGAGAGAGAGAGCCAGAGGAGAGUAACCAUGCUCGAGGAUCAACCGUUGGAUCUGAGCGUCCGCGUCGGCGACUACGCCGAGCUCAGCAGGGAGGACAAGGACGAGCAGCAGGAACGGAAGGAUCUGCCCGUCGACGAUUACGGGAACGAGGCGGCCGCGCUUAGGUUGCGGGAAUGCUUCGCCACCGCGUCCGAGUACAGCCAGGAGCGGGACGAUCGGACUUGCUCCGAGGACUCCGACGACUCCUGCUCCGACAACAAUCACCAAACAAAGGACGGUGGCGGCGGAACCGGCGGCGGCUGCGGCGGCGGCACGAGGUCGCGGUCCAGGCCGCCCGGCACCAAACCCUACAAGAAGAACCUCAUGAGACGAUACCUGGAUACCAGAGAAGUCCAACCGCACGAUCCGAGUGAGAAAGAACAGCUUAGCCUCGCAAGUGUAAAAGUGGAGCCGGGUUCCACCAGCGCGACGACUACCAGUAGCACAGGGACCCGUCUACUCCACGGUAUCCUCUCUCAGCAUCCCCAGCAGCAUAGCCUAGGGCUGCAAAACGGAUAUGGCCGCCACUUAGUCGGUCACGCACAGAUCGGCCAACCGCCUUAUACCACUGCCGCUAUCGCCACGACGAGUACGCCAGGAAGCGGAUCACUGCCAGCAAGCCCAGCGGACAGCGGAGUCAGCGACGUCGAGUCCAGCACGUCCUCCGGUGGCAACGAGGACGCGAAUCUCUUACUGAAAGCAAGACUCAAUCCUAAUUCGUCCCUUCAGCCGAGUCUGGCGUCCCAUCACUCCCAUUUGUCGUCAGCAGCACUCGGCAGAUCGGCCUGCCAUAGCCCUGGUGUGUAUCCGGGGUCGACGGCAAGCUUCCUGUCGCCCACCUAUCAUCCUCAUCAGCAUCCUAUCACCUCUCAGUAUCAUCCACAUCGGGGGAGUUCGCCACACCAUCAGCAUAACAACCAUACUAUGGGUCCGACGAUGGGACCGCCCCAUCACCACCAUCAUCAUCAAGCGCAGGGUCUCCAGCAUCACUUGCAUUACCGUCAGCCAUCCUCACUGUCCGACAGCUACAAUAGUUAUAUAAAUAUGUAUAGUGGAGGUGGGCAGUUUGCAACCCCCUGUACUCCGAGCCCGCCGCGAGGUCCCGGCGGCGUGCCCACCAGCGUGAUUCAGGCGGCUACCAGUUCGGUCUCGGACGAUCUCUACCUUCUCGAGCUCGGUUUCCCGUCGCGUUCGAAGAAGAACAAGCUGAAAAAACCACGGCAGGCUGGCGAGGGUGGAGCUGCGGUGAAGCGGAAGUCGCGUGAAGGUUCGACCACGUACCUGUGGGAAUUCCUGCUCAAGCUGCUGCAGGACCACGCAUACUGUCCGCGCUACAUCAAAUGGACAAAUCGCGAACGGGGCAUCUUCAAGCUGGUCGACAGUAAGGCGGUCUCGCGACUUUGGGGCAUACACAAGAACAAGCCGGACAUGAAUUACGAGACGAUGGGCAGAGCACUGCGCUAUUACUAUCAACGCGGCAUCUUGGCGAAGGUGGACGGCCAGCGACUGGUCUAUCAGUUUGUCGAUGUGCCGAAGGACAUCGUCGAGAUCGAUUGUACGAGCGCAUGAGACAAGGAGUUGACCUCCCGUCCCGUGGGGCAUGAGAGGGAGAAGAAGGAAGAGCAACAGCAACAGCACAGCGUCUCGGCGUGGGCCCCGCGCGGAAGUCGACCACCGCCGUUGUUGUCGUUGUCGUUGUCGUUGUCAUCGCUGAUGCGACGUCGCGGACCCGUUGCGGGGCCCCAUCCGCACGAAAGGUCGCCAUUCAGCGGUUCUCUUUAUCGAGACGCGCCGACUUGGCACAUCUCUCAGAUGUUGUAAAAUGCGUUCUCUUUUUCUUUCCUUUUCUUUCCCACACCCCUCUCUUUUGUUGUCUGUCUGUCUCUUUUUACCUGCUUCUCUAUCCCUCUCUAUCUUUCUCUCUAGCUUUGUUCCUUGUACUAUGUAAAUGUAUAUUAAGGCGCCGCGUGACGAUGUCGUCAGAGGUGAUCCUCACGACCCAGUACCUCGUCCUUCUCCUGCGGCCCAUUUCUUUUUCGCAUGUCACGUAGGACAGGACGGCGCCUGAUUCGUUAAAAUUUGUAUAAAAUUUAGUUCUUAACGUGUCGAGAAUGAAAACUAAAUAUUUAAUCUGAUGUACCUUGCGGGCGGGACAUCAUGGACAAAUUACUUAAGCCGCGAAACACCGGAAAGCGAAAAAUUGUAUAUUCGAAAGAGCGACAAAUUAUUUAUUGUAUAUUAGACGUUUAUAUAUGUUACCUAAGAAAAUUGUUACGCGCGUGAUCUGCGCAAAUGGAAAAUGUAUGGAAACGGACGAAAGUUAUUAAAAAAAAAAAAUUGAAACGAAAUGAGGGCUGUGAAAAGGAUUACGAUACGGAGAGGAGAAGAGAGGAGACGAGAUGAGACGAGACGAGACGAGACGAGACGAGACGAGACGAGACGAGACGAGACGAGAUGAGAUGAGAUGAGAUGAGAUGAGAUGAGAUGAGAUGAGAUGAGAUAUGUAGUGGAACGGGAACGGAUGAGAAGCGUCUCUUGAAGUUUUAUGAAGCGAGCUCAGGGAGGGGUACACAUUAUAUUUUUUUAAGUAUAAGCGAAAGGGUUUGACCCUUUCGAUUCGUGAGCUAAAGGUUCAACAACGCAAGGUGCUGGCUAAUAUACAUACAUAUACUUACACACUUGUAUACACACACAUAUACAUACACGCACACCAAGGU